GGCUCAGGGGCUGGGAGCGCCGGGAGCUCCGUGCCCCGCCCGGCCGGCCGCGCCCGCGCUCCGCCCGUCCCGGCCCGCCCCGGGAGGGCCCUCUGAGCCGCGUAGGGCGUGGGUCCGGCGCUGCCUGCGAGCAGGUGACACCGCGGCUGCCCGGCGCCGUGUGCGCGGCAUGUGCGCGCCCGUGUAGCGGGGCGGCCCCAUGGGCGGCGGCGCCGGCUCCUGCCUCUGCCCCCCGUCUCUGGAAGCCUGGGCAGGAAACGCUCCUCAUGUCUCCCUGAUAAAAAUAAAAGCGACUCCAUCCUCCCGGCCGCAGAGUGUCCCCGCGCCCGGUUCGACGCGGGGCUGAGCCGGCCCCGCCGCCCGGCAGCGCCUCGCCCCGCCGCCCAGAGCGCCGGGCCGCGCCGCCGCCCAUGGACAUCGCGACGGGUCCUGAGUCCUUGGAGAGGUGCUUCCCGCGGGGCCCGCCGGACUGCGCCAAGAUGCUGGACGGUAUUAAAAUGGAAGACCACCCCCUGCGUUCGGGGCCGGCCACGCUGGGAGUGCUGCUGGGGUCGGAGUGCCAGCACCAGGCCGUCUGCGAGGGCUGCCAGCGGCCCAUCUCGGACCGGUUCCUGAUGCGGGUGAACGAGUCCUCCUGGCACGAGGAGUGCCUACAGUGCGCCGCUUGCCAGCAGGCGCUUACCACCAGCUGCUACUUCCGGGACCGCAAGCUCUACUGCAAGCAGGACUACCAACAGCUGUUUGCCGCCAAGUGCAGCGGCUGCAUGGAGAAGAUCGCCCCGACAGAGUUCGUGAUGCGAGCCCUGGAGUGCGUGUACCACCUAAGCUGCUUCUGCUGCUGCGUGUGCGAGCGCCAGCUGAGGAAAGGGGAUGAGUUUGUCCUCAAGGAAGGGCAGCUGCUCUGCAAAAGUGACUAUGAGAAAGAGAAGGACUUGUUGAGCUCGGUCAGUCCAGACGACUCAGACUCAGUUAAAAGUGAUGAUGAAGAUGGAGAUGUUAAGCCCACCAAAGGCCAAGUAACCCAAGGAAAAGGAAGUGAUGAUGGGAAGGACCCAAGAAGACCUAAACGACCAAGGACAAUACUUACUACACAGCAGAGAAGAGCAUUCAAAGCAUCCUUUGAAGUGUCUUCCAAGCCCUGUAGAAAGGUCAGAGAAACACUAGCAGCUGAAACAGGGCUCAGCGUGCGAGUCGUCCAGGUCUGGUUUCAAAACCAAAGAGCAAAGAUGAAAAAGCUAGCGCGAAGGCAUCAGCAGCAGCAGGAGCAACAAAACUCGCAGCGACUAGGACAAGAAGUGAUGUCCAACCGAAUGGAAGGGAUGAUGACAUCUUACACACCACUUGCACCACCACAGCAGCAGAUUGUAGCAAUGGAGCAAAGCAGUUAUGGCACAGACCCAUUUCAGCAGGGUCUUACCCCUCCACAAAUGCCAGGCGACCACAUGAACCCCUAUGGAAAUGACUCCAUUUUUCAUGAUAUCGACAGUGAUACCUCUUUAACUAGCUUGAGCGACUGUUUUCUUGCCUCUUCUGAAGUUAACUCCAUGCAGGCUAGAGUAGGAAACCCCAUUGACAGGCUGUACUCUAUGCAGAGCUCCUAUUUCGCCUCAUGAAAAUAAGAAAACAAACAGCCGGCGUGUGUUUAGCCAGUGACUUUUCCAGUGCAGACUCUACAGCCAUAUGUUGCUCAGCUCUUCCUUCACAGUGACUCUGCUGCCUCUGGACUGCAAAGAGCAUUUUUUUAGGAAGACUGUCUCUGUUUGCAUAUAUGUGUAUGUAUGUAUAUAUACUUUAAUACCUACCUACCUACAUACAUAUAUAGAGAAACAAAACACAUCCACCCGUCCCAUACCCUUGAUUCCCAGCCUGCACCAGACCACGAGACAAGCAUGGAAGGAACAGAAGAACCUGCUCGUCCUCAGCCUUUGAUUUGGUUUGGUUUGAGCUCGUCAUCCUAAAGGAAAUGGAUUUUGUGGAAAGCUAGACCUUUUCCUCCUUUCUCUCUUCCUUUCUUUUGGAUGUUUAAACUUUUUUUUUUUUUAAAGCUGCUGAUACUGACAUCAGUUGACCAUAUGACAAAUAAAUCAAAGAAACUGGAGAUUCCUCCCUUUUCUUACUGCAUGAUUCAUACUAUGUUGUGGAUAAAUUGCCAUUUGAACUGUGGGAAGUUAAUGUAAAUGUGAUGUUCAACAUUUGUUUCCUUUCUACGCUUUUUCUACAUAACCUAGAUCUGCUCAUUAGUUUAUAGCCCUUAUGCAUAUGAUACUGAGGAAACUGGUUAACAGUAUUUGUGGAGAAAGCCAGUGAUUUCAGAAUAAGAAAGGUCUAUGACUCUGGAGAGGACACGCACAUUAGGGACAGAGGCAUGUAGGUUAGUGUUGAUCUUAAAUAAUUAAAACUAAGGGUGCUUGCGAGACAGUUUUGUUUAUUAUUUUUUUUUUUUUAGUGUGAGAUUAAAACAUUUACAUUUGUUUGUAAGUUUUGCAGUGCCAAAUUUCAAGUCUAGGCCACAACAGCCAGACAAGUGUUUAUUCAUUCUGUUCUGUUUAUUUAUGUUUUGCAUGAGGCAUAAACAUGCUGUACUCUAUUGUCCAUCUGGAAUAAUUAAGCACUCCUUUAGUUAAUUAUCUUGCCUCAGCAAGAAUCGAGGAUACACAGUUCUAGCCUGAAACACCAGAAGUCCUGAAAUGUGCACCAGCUGCGAACAGGAAAGUAUGAAAGAGCUCAUGGUGGGAAGUUCAGGUAUGUUGAGCUGGAGUCUAACCAAGUCCUGCAGAUCCUCCUGCUACCAGGACUCCUGGCUGUGGCUCCAAUCAACCGGUCAGUGCCAGCGCCAGAAGAACAGGUAUGCUGAAGGAGGGGAUGUCCCGGCUGAAGUCUGAUUGUCUCUGAUGUUGAAGUUUGAGCAUAUGUCAUAUAGAUUUUCGUAGGGCAUAAAAUAUCAUAAAUAAUAAUAGUAUAGCUAUAAAUAUUGCCUGGUGAUAAUUAUAAUGUGGAGAGGCAGACAAGUACAGUCAUGGCUCUCAGUGGAGAAAACUUCAUGGGGAGAAUUUGCCAGGGUAAUAUCAGUAAUUAUAGGGUGUGUUCAAAAUAGAGCUCACGGGGAAAGAUUGGCAGGAUAGGCACUUUCUUAAAUAAAUACCUUUAAUAUAUUGACCAUAAUAGCUGAAAAACAAGUCCAAAGCUUUGGUUAAUCUAACUCCUUCAGGACUGGUACCAGGCCAGCACUGCAGUGUCCCUGUGGGGCUCAGCACCUUCUCUGGGAGAGUGGGACUCUGGGACUGCCUUGGAGGGGGAGGCCAGAGCAGGACCCCUGCAGCCUUGGCACCCAGGACGGGAGGAGCGUUGCUUGUGGCACUGUGUCCUUGGCCUUGGGGGGAUGAUCCUGCUGGGAACCCCGCAUCACUGAUGGAGACAGGUCCUCUGGGUGUCCCGGAGGCAUGGGUGGGAAGGGUAGGAUGAUGGGUCCAAGGAAAAACAUGAGAUCGUUUUCCCCCAGCAGGGAAAAGUGUACCGAGUAUGUUGGAGGUUUGUUGAGAAAGUUAAGUUUUAUCUGCAGGAUAAGCACGUUGGUUCUCACUCUGGAGAGAAGGACAACACCGUUGAGGAGGCCCUGUGUGUGUGUGUGUGUGUGAAUGGCGCAGAGGCGCAGAGCACAGCCCAAGGCAAGCCCUUCCACUGCCUGCCGCACACAGCCUUGGUCAGGGAAGGGACUGGUGACUCUGCCAGGGUGCUGGGGACGCUCCUGUCCCUGUCCCUGCUGGUUUCCAUUGCUGUUUUCCCCAGGGAGGUGAUCCAUCACAUCCAUAUGCUUUGUCUAGAGGCCAUUCCCUGCUUUCUGGCGGGGAUGUGGUUUUCAUUUGAGGGUUGUGAGCCCCUGGAUAUAUUUUGAAAUUGAAAGGAUCUUCUUUUCUUGCCCAUCCCACUCAAUUAUUUUUCCCUUUCCUUAUGUAUCAAAAUAAACAACAAUUUCCUUUCUCUCUGCAUGAAAACAAACAUCUAUAAAGAACUCAGGUGAUCCUCACUGCUUGCAGGGCAGAAGGCAAGCAGGUUUCAUAUGGCACAUAUAAACAUUUGUCACCACCACAAUGGAUUCAUCGUUUCCCUCCUUAUCCCUCUGCUGUGCUACGUUAGAGUCACAGAAAAGUGUCUUCACCCUCUCAGACAUACCAGUUUAUAGACUACUCACACAGGCACAACUUUGCUUCAUAUUUCAUUACUGACAGGAUCAAAAUGGCAUUUUUAGGGUUUACAGGGACUUAUAUGAGAACUCUAAUGUGACCUACAGUUUGGAGAACUGCCUUGUCCCAACUCUACCUCUGCGUUUGGGUUGGAUGUUGAAAAAACAAUCCAUCUCCAAGGAAAAAAUCAGAUAUCCCAUUUUAUAGAUGAAGUAACCAUAAUAAUUUGCUGAUUUUGGAUGGCUUGGAUGACGUUUUCCACCUUUUUUUUUUCCUUUUCAUUUCUUGUACAUAUCAUCUCCUAUCCCUUGGUGUGUUGUAUGGUGAUGCCUUAGCUGUUUGUUGCCCCAUGUUCUGCCACAUUUGGAGCCACACACGCAGCCCAGUCAGACCCUUGCCAUGUGUAACAUUUCCUGUGCCAUGGUGGGCAGCUGCUGCUGGUCCAGGGAAGGCAUACAUAGCCAAGGAUUUCCAGUGGGCCUGUUGUAGCUGGCAAAGGCCAAAGUUCAUUAAAGCAAAAUAAAUGUCACUUCCUUUUUGUAGAAUAAAUUACUCUACUGGAGUGUGAUCAUUGUGGUUUUAACCUGGGACCUGCAGUAAAAGAUUAUACAGCAACCUCUGACCUUUUUGAUUUCUGCUCUACUCUUUUAUUGUCAAGGGAAUGUCCCCGAUCAGGUGAAAGUAAAACGUUUAGUGGGCCAUAUCACAGUAAUAUCUUACAUUGAGUCAAAUUGAUAAACUCUAGCCAAAAAAUUCUUAGCAUCUGGCACUUCCACGGAAACCACAAACAAUGAUUGCACAUAUGGGAGCUCGAAAGCUAGAGGUCAUGACAGCAGUUUAUUACAUGCACCUUACAGUGAUCAUUUUCCCUAGGAAAUUAACCCCUCUCUAAUACAAAUGCAUCAAGUGAGCUCUUCACAGCAUUUCGAUCAUGUUGUUUUAGCUAAUCAAAGAAUACUUGUGCAGCUAAAGUGGUGACAAGAUGCAAUUAAGUAAAAGAUGAUUGAUUAGGUUUCAGUGUUUGCUCAAUAAUGCAUAAAAAAGAUGAUUGUGAGAUCAGAAUGCUGGGUACCAACUUCCUCAGAGGUCCUUAUUGUGCAGCUGCAGGUCUGUGAUGGUGGCAGACAGAUUGUUCCCAGCAUUCAGGAGGGGUUACUGAGCUGUGUGGUCCUGGGUCCCAGCCAGGCUCUGGGCUGAGCAGCAGCACCUUCUCUGGCAUGGUUGGCUGUGGAGGGGAUGAUUCCUGCUGUUCUCAUCCCCCCGUUACCACCACACUGUGGGGCAAACCCUGGGGCUGGUGGUGGCAAAUGUGUUUAACAGUCAUGACAUGGAACACAAUUAUGUCAUUGUAAGUAAAGGGUGGUGGUUGCAACCACUUAUAUUGAAACACCAUCCUGGGCAUUUUGAACUCCUUUUCUUCUUUAAACUCUGUCGUCAAAAACAUCCAUAUCACUUGGCCCAGUUGCAGCUAACUAUACCUAAGGUGAGGCUCACGUUAGUUGCACAGCAGCUGCUGAGUGGAUUUUUCAGACCCGUCCUGCAGAAGAUGGAUGAGCAUUACCAGCUCCUUUGAAGGGUCAUUGCUCAGCCACCUCGCUGUACAUCAUGGCAUGGGGAAGGUCCUUCAUGACAGUAAACCUUCCAGGGAUGAUGUAAACUCACUUACCUCUUCUUACUGAGCUCAGGACUCCUUUCCACUUUCCUUAAGAGUCAGAAGUAUAUCCCAAGCCACCGCCCCAGUUGUCCCAGGGAAGUCGGCUCUGGGAUGCUGCUGGGAUGCUGUGAGCUAGGGUUUGAGAGAGCACUUCCAUGAACCCUGUCAUAAGAACUGUAGUUGUCCCUGAAAGUCACUAGAAAUGCACAGUAGAAUUGUGAGGAAGGGAAGAGUUCUCACAAGCCUGGAGCUUAGUCACAGCAGUGAAAGGACAGAGCCUGCUGAAGCACGACAUGGCUGUGGGAGCUGGAGCCACAGUACCCAGAGUCUCAGUGCUCCAGAUUGUGCUUUACACAACCCCAUGCCCAAACCACCUCACGCCUUUCUGACCAGCAGCUUUUCUCUGUGCAUGCAGGUUCCUCCAGAGCCCCUCUUCUUUGGCCUGGAGGCACAGGGAAGCUGUAGCCAGAGCUUUGGGCAGCUGUGCUCCUCAGUUAGGGAGGUACUUGGUCACAAGACAUAUGAAGUCUUUUGGCUUUGGUGGGCUUUCAGCAUGGUCUUGCUCCUCUAAGGCUGAUCUGACUACACUGAUGGCUGUUUCCCUCCUCGCGUCUGCAGCCGGAUACCCUUGGCUCAGCGCACCCUGGUUCUACUCAGCAGCAGCUGUGAAGGGGCUACCGGAUACCUUGCAUUGGGAACUCUGUUUUUAA